UAACCAAGUUUUUGUUAUCUUCAUUUAGCCACGAAAAUGAAUCAACAAAAAAGUUGUAGUAGUACUUCUUUGCUUCCAAUAACUCCCGAAAUUAUUCGAUGGAGUUACGAUGUUUUUCUAAGUUUUAGAGGUGAAGAUGUACGUAAAACUUUUGUUGAUCAUCUCUAUGUUGCUCUUCAACAAAAAGGGAUCAACACGUUCAAAGAUUCUGAGAAAUUAGAUAAAGGUAAUUCUAUUUCACCAGAACUUACGAGAGCAAUUGAAGAAUCACGCAUAUCUUUGAUUAUUUUCUCAAAGAACUAUGCUAAUUCGAGGUGGUGUUUGAAUGAAGUAGUGAAAAUCAUGAAAUGCAAGAACGUGAAAGGACAAAUUGUUAUUCCGGUGUUUUAUGAUGUAGAUCCAUCAACAGUAAGGAAACAAAAAUCGAGCUUUGAAGAAGCAUUUAACAAUUAUGAAGAUUGUUUCAAGGUACAAAAAUGGAGAGGAGCACUAGAGGAAGCAGCUAAUUUAUCUGGUUGGGAUUUGCCAAAUACUUCCAAUGCGCAUGAAGCUAUAGUGAUCAAGCAAAUUGUGGAAGAUAUAAUGGCUAGAUUGGGUAGUCAGAGACACACGAAAAACGCUGAAAAUCUUGUUGGAAUCGAGUCACGUAUGCAAAAAGUGUAUAAAAUGCUUGGCAUGGGGUCUGGUGGAGUUCGUUUCGUUGGAAUAUUGGGAAUGAGUGGAGUUGGGAAGACAACUCUAGCGAGAGUCAUUUAUGAUAAUAUUCGGAGUCACUUUGAAGGUUCGUGUUUUCUUCAUGAAGUUAGAGACCGUUCUGCAAAACAAGGCCUAGAGCAUUUGCAAGCUAUACUUCUUUCUGAGAUCCUUGUCAUGAAAGAUGUAAACAUCAACAAUUUAUACGAAGGAGUUAAUAUGCAGAUACAAAGAUUACAGUACAAAAAGGUUCUUCUUGUUCUUGAUGAUGUUGAUCAUGUAGAUCAGUUAGAUGUUUUAGCGAGGAAACGUGAAUGGUUUGGUCAUGGAAGUAGAGUUAUCAUAACAACUAAAGAUAAGCACUUGCUUGUUGAACAUGAGGUAGAAAAGAUAUACAGAAUGACAACGUUAAAUAAAGACGAAAGUUUGCAGCUCUUUAAGCUAUAUGCCUUCAAGAAAAACCAUCUUAUGGAUGAAUUUAGGGAUGUUUCAGCUCAAAUUAUAAGGCAUUGUGGUGGACUCCCGUUGGCUUUGAAAGUCCUCGGAAGUUUCUUGUAUGGAAGAGAUUUGGAUGAAUGGACAAGUGAAGUAGAACGAUUGGAACAAAUCCCAGAAGACAGAAUUGUGAAGAAACUUGAAUUAAGUUUCAAUCGGCUAAACAGAAUUGAACAAAAAAUAUUACUAGAUAUUGUGUGUUUCUUUAUAGGUAAGAAGAAACAAUCAGUUACAAGAAUAUUAGAGAGUUUUAAUUUUAGUCCUGUUAUUGGCAUAAAAGUUCUCAUGGAGAAAUCUCUGAUUACGGUUUCACAAGGUCGGAUUCUAGUGCAUCAAUUGAUACAAGAAAUGUGUUGGUAUAUUAUCCGUCAAGAAGCUUCCGAUGAUCCAAGAAGAUAUAGUAGGUUGUGGCUACCUGAUCAUAUUUCUCAUGUACUUGCUGGAGAUUUGGGCACUGAAAAGAUUGAAGGCAUGUCAUUGAACUUGUCUUUUGCACAAGAAGUGAAUGUCAGCAGCGCGGCAUUCACACAAAUGAGCAGACUAAGGUUUCUCAGUAUCCAGAACAAAAAUGUUCAUCAGAGCCCUAAUUUCCUUCCUGGUGAGUUGAGGUGGUUCAAUUGGCACGCGUAUCCAUCAAGAAGUCUGCCUGUUAGUUUUCAGGGCGAAAAGUUAGUUGGUUUGAAGUUGAAAGAUAGUGGAAUCAUACAACUUUGGCAAGGCUCCAAGGUUCUAGGAAAACUGAAAUACAUCAACCUUAGUGAGUCACGGAAGCUAGUAAGGACCCCGGAUUUUUCAGGCAUCCCUAAUCUUGAAAGGCUGGUUCUUGAAGGAUGUGUAAAUUUGGUAGAAAUCAAUUUUUCUGUUAGAGAUCUCAGAAGACUAGUCUUGUUGAAUCUGAAGAACUGUAGAAAUUUAAAGACCUUACCGAAGAUCAUUCAAUUGGAAAAUCUUGAGGUUUUGAUUCUAUCAGGCUGCUUAAAACUCAAAAAGUUGUCGAUAAUAAAAGAAGAAAUGAAUCGUUUGUCACAAGUGUACUUGGAAGGAACUGGUUUGAGAGAACUACCCGAAUCAAUUGAGAACUUUUCAGGAGUAACUUUGAUAAAUCUAAGUAACUGCAAGUAUCUUGAGAAUCUUCCAAGCAGUAUUUUUAGAUUGAAGUGUCUAAGAACACUAGAUCUGUCCGGCUGUUCAAGACUCGAAAAAUUAUCAGAUGAUUUGGGACUUCUAGUCGGUUUAGAGGAGCUCCAUUGUGAUGACACAGCCAUCCGAACAAUGCCUUCCUCUAUCUCUCAGCUAAAGAACCUUAAGCACUUAUCUCUCCGGGGAUGUAAAAAUGCUUUGGGUUUACAAGUAUGGAGCUCACUCAUUUUGUCGCGGCUAUUUGGGAAAGGCCACAACUCUAUGGGUCUGGUUUUUCCUAAUUUAUCAGGUCUUUGCUCAUUGACAAAGCUGGACAUAAGUGAUUGCAAUAUUUCAGACGGAGGAAUCCUAUCUAAUCUUGGGUUCUUGCCAUCUUUGGAGGAAGUGAAUCUCGGGAAGAAUAACUUUGUUGAUAUUCCAUCUGCAAGCAUCAAUGGUCUAUCUCGACUUAAAGUUGUUGAAUUGGUUGGUUGUAAGAGGCUCGAGAUUUUUCCAGAGCUUCCUUCAAGUAUAGAAGAGGUGUAUGCCGAUGAAUGUACAUCACUGAGGAGUAUUGGCAUUGAUCAAUUAAGCAAAUAUCCAAUGUUGUCUCGAGUUUCACUUACUCAAUGUCACCAACUUGUCAAAAAUGAACCUGAUGUUGCUAUUAUUGAUUCAUUGUGGAAUCACAUGCUCAAGGGACUAUCGAUGGUGGAUGACAAAUUCAGUAUAUGUAUCCCUGGAUCUGAAGUUCCUGACUGGUUUAUGUACAAGAACUUGGGUCCUUCAUUAUCAGUGAAGCUACCUAAAAAUUGGUACACAAACAAAUUCAUGGGCUUUGCUCUUUGUGUUGUUUUUGACAGUUUUAAGCAACCUUCCUGUAUGAGUCAUGCUUACCUUAAAAAAAUCCCGGGAUUUCUGGUCAUAUUUAAGCUCGUAAGGCAGGAUGGAAAGACUGGCCUGUUUUUUAAAAGUAUUGGCUCAGUAGGAAGUGAGGAAUGUCCUGAUUCAGGGCACACUCUCCUGGCCUAUAUAUCAUUUGAUGAUUUUUGGUCAACGUACGAGAAAUGUGUUUGCAAUCCUAACGACUGGAUUCAAAUCGAGGUUUGUGAGACUGAUGCAAAUGUUGCAAUCAAAGGUUGGGGAAUGCAUCUUCUGUACAAGAACGAUAUUAUAAAUGAGGAGUUGAUGAUACAAAAUGCCACCUCUCAAUCUGGAAAGAUGGGCUUGUUUCAUGUAAUCUUUGAUGGAUCAAUGUAUACGAAAAGAAAACGACACGGACAUAUAUCGUUUUCUAGGCUGCCACCAGAUGAUGAACCAGGAUAUGUCAAUUCCUUUGGAGAAACAAGUAAUGAAGAUUUUGAUGAAACAUUAUUUGGGAGAGGAAUUACUGGGAUUGUAGAAGCUCAACAAACAGUUACUAUAUCUAUGCCUGAAUGAACCUUUAAUUGGAUGAUGAGAGCGUCAGCACAUUUUUGAGUAUGUGAUUUAUGUUUGAGUUAUUGGGAGUGUCUUGUGAUUGUUAAGCAGUUAAAAUGGUAAUUGACCUUUUUUUGGUGACAUCUAACUGUCCAUAUUUUUAUUUUUAGUAUGUUGUUGCUUCCUAAUAUAAUACUCUCUUCAUUU